GGUUUCAUUUCGACAGUGUCUUGCAGCUCACCACCGGUUCAAGACUUCUCUUUCAGUUCCUGCCGAGCUUAUACUACAUUAUAGAAAUUUAAAAUGCGUCUUGCACUAUCCGUCCUUGUUGCUUUGUUGGCUUACGUCGCCGCUCAAGAACAGCAGCAGCCUCAGUACGUCCCUUAUGGCAGUCCUUACCAAGCUCCAUUUUAUGGAGACAACGCAGAACCAGCCAUCAUUAGCCCUGAUGACCCACGACUUUUCCGCCCGACGACUACCACAACAACAACGUUGACCUCCACCGUUACCUGCACAUCUUCCAUCGGAACUGCUUGUGCGGCUGGCCGCAGACGACGCGGAAUUUUGUUUGACGGAGAAGAAGAGCAGCAAUUCCCUUUCAUUGCCCCAUCAGAAGUUGAAGGAGUUGAACCCACCCAAGUAUCCAGCCGAGAGGCUCGCGCUGCCGAUCCUCAGUUGAUCCUGGUUUCACCCCAGUUCGCCUACCAGCCUCAGUCUGGAUUCUACAGCGAUUCUUACCAAUAUCGCCCCGUUGCGCUGCCUUUCUACGCCCCUCGAAACCAGCAACCAGCAGUCAUUGAUGAUCAACGCUUUUUACUAAAUAGCCUCCAAUCCGCUAUUACAGUCACCGUGACCUCGACUGCCUUUGCCAUCACAACUUCCACCUUAAAUCCAACUUGCUCUGUCGCCGGCACGAUUGCCCAAUGUCCAAAUGCUUAAAUUUGGUGCAGUUCGUUUUAUUGUUAUUUGCUUUCAUUAUGAACGCGAUAGAGCGGAACAAGUUAUUUGUUUCCUAAUUUAAUACACAUCUUUCAGCAUC